UUGCAGCCGCAGAGCGACUGGGCGGGGGGCGGGUCUGUGAGCAUUAAGGAGAAGUCCAGAGUCCCUCCAGUCCGCAGCUGCAGCAGCCCAGCAAGGAGAGCAAGAGGAGGCGGCGGCAGUCGCCAUGGCCCUGCUCAGAGGUGUAUUCAUUGUGUCUGCAAAGAGGACUCCAUUUGGGGCGUAUGGAGGCCUGCUCAAGGACUUCACUGCCACAGACCUCGCAGAGAUCGCAGCACGCUCAGCCCUCUCUGCUGGCAAAGUGUCACCCGAAAUGAUCAACAGCGUGAUUGUGGGCAACGUAAUGCAGAGUUCUUCAGAUGCUCCUUAUGUUGCAAGACAUGUUGGCUUGCGUGCUGGAGUGCCAGUCUCGGUUCCUGCCUUAACAGUCAACAGAUUGUGUGGAUCAGGCUUCCAAUCCAUUGCCAAUGGAUGCCAGGAAAUUUGCCUUAAAGAAUCAGAAGUGGUGCUAUGUGGUGGAACGGAAAGUAUGAGCCAAUCUCCGUAUGCCGUCCGAAAUGUCCGCUUUGGAACAAAAUUUGGAGUAGAUCUCAAGUUGGAAGACACGCUGUGGGCAGGACUAACAGAUCAGCAUAUUAAAACUCCAAUGGGAGUUACAGCUGAAAAUCUUGCUGCAAAGCAUAACAUCACAAGAGAAGACUGUGACCAUUAUGCAGUAAAAACUCAGCAGAGGUGGAAAGCUGCUCAUGAGGCUGGAUACUUCAAGGCUGAGAUGGCACCCAUUGAAGUGAAAACCAAGAAAGGCAAACAGAAUAUGGAGCGAGAUGAGCAUCCCCGACCUGAUGCAACACUGGAACAAUUGGCAAAGCUCCCAACCGUCUUCAAGAAAGAUGGGACUGUCACCGCUGGGAAUGCUUCGGGAGUCUGUGAUGGAGCUGGAGCAAUAAUCGUCGCUAGCGAAGAAGCCAUUAAGAAACACAACCUCACUCCUCUGGCUCGAAUCGUAGCCUAUCAUGCAGUUGGAUGUGAUCCCAACAUCAUGGGCAUUGGUCCAGUACCUGCCAUUACUGAAGCUCUGAAGAAAGCAGGCCUUUCUCUGGCAGAUAUGGACUUGGUUGAGGUAAAUGAGGCUUUUGCUCCACAGUACUUGGCAGUUGAGAAGGUUUUGGGUUUGGACCCUGAGAAGACAAACGUCAACGGAGGUGCCAUCGCUCUGGGUCACCCACUGGGGGCAUCAGGUUCAAGGAUCACUGCUCAUCUUGUUCAUGAACUAAGACGCCGUGGAGGUAAAUACGCAGUGGGUUCUGCUUGCAUUGGAGGUGGCCAAGGUAUAGCUGUAAUCAUCCAGAAUACAGCCUAGAGGAUAUUCCGCAGUGUCUUCACCCUGAAAUCUUUACUAGCUGUUACAUGCUCACAAGAAAAAUAAGGAGGGAAGAAAGAGGCUCCACUUACUUGCCCAUGCAGAAAGUGGCCAUCAAAGAGAAGAAAAGGUUUUUUAAAACUAAGUAAUCUCUGCGUCGAUUAAGUGUGGACUCAGCUGUAAUCCUUACUAAUCUGCUUGCUCCUGCUGAGUUUAAAAUUUGAUUUUCAAGUAUAAACAUCCUUGAGGAAAUAUUCAGCUGCCAAGACUCUGCUGAACAUGCCUUACAGCCAAGAUGAGAAGACUUUGUACUUCCAGCCUUAUAUUUUAACAUUUUUUCAUGCUGAUGGAUUAUCUCACUGAACCAUUUCUGUAAAUGAAGGUCAGCCAGGAAUUCCGCACUGCCCGGAAGUUCACAUUUUUGUUUAGAGUGGAUUUCACGUAAAGCUACCGACCAGCCAUGUAUUGUGUGUAGUCUUAGGAGCAAGGAACAAAGUGUGAGAGAACCAACGUGCCUCUCUAUAGAAAAAUAAAAUGGUGCUGAAUGCA